AUGACAAAAGUCAAACUAUUUCUUUCCACUCGUUUCCAGAUUAAGGAUUUGGGGCAUCUUAAAUAUUUUCUUGGUCUUGAGUUAGCUUGUUCUUCUCAAGGUAUUCACCUGCACCAGAAAAAGUAUGCUCAAGAUUUGUUAACUGAUGUGGGUCUUCUGAAUUGCAAGUCCUCGGUUAUACCCUUGAAACAAAAUAAUGGUCUACUUACUGAUUUAUCUACAGAAACUGAUUUUCAUGAUGUUUCACUAUAUCGUAGGGUCAUUGGUCGGCUAAUCUAUCUUACGAUUUCUCGACACGAUAUUGCAUACACUUUGAAUACGCUUGCUCAGUUCAUGUCCAAACCUAAGGUCUAUCAUUAUCAUGUUGUGCUCAAGAUUCUUCGCUAUCUCAAGGAAACAGCGGGCCAAGGCUUGCUCUUCUCUGCCUCUAGUUCUCUCAAACUUACUGCUUUUAGCUAUGCUGAUUGGGCAGCCUGUAGAAUUACUCGACGUUCCAUCACAGGUUUUUGUGUUAUGUUGGGUGCCUCUUUAAUCUCCUGGCGCUCUAAGAAGUAG